AUGCCUCCUAAGAAGAAGGUCGAGCGCGGCGCGCAAGAGAACGUCCAGCUGGGCCCCCAAGUCCGCGAGGGCGAGCUCGUCUUCGGUGUUGCUCGCAUCUUUGCAUCCUUCAACGAUACCUUCGUCCAUGUCACCGAUCUCUCAGGCCGUGAAACCAUCAGCCGAGUCACUGGUGGAAUGAAGGUCAAGGCCGACAGGGACGAGUCAAGCCCUUACGCUGCUAUGUUGGCUGCACAGGACGUCGCGGCCCGCUGCAAGGAACUGGGCAUUACUGCUCUUCAUGUCAAGAUCCGGGCCACCGGUGGUAACGGCACCAAGACUCCCGGACCGGGUGCUCAAUCCGCCCUCCGCGCUCUGGCCCGUGCUGGCAUGAAGAUCGGCCGUAUCGAGGAUGUCACACCCACCCCAUCCGACUCUACGCGCAGGAAGGGUGGUCGCCGUGGUCGUCGUCUAUAG